CACUUGCUCUUAAUUUAAGUCAAAUUGAUCAUUGGCUACCAAUUUUGUCGGCAAUAAAACCCGUUGUCCAGAGAAGACUAAUAAAUGAACCUAUAGGACUUGCAUUCCUAUCUUUAUUUACACAAAAAAAUAAAAAAAGCACUGAAUAAUAAUGUCUUCCUUCUGCUUUAACAGAUACAGAUACAGUUAGAUCAUCGCAAUAAACAAUGGUUAAGUAACAUUCUUACAAAAAUAUUUUCCCCAGAUUGAGAUUUUAAUGAUGUUAAAAUGGCCACAGCUUAACUACGGACUCAGGACGGAGCACCUUAAUUGCUGCAUGCUAAACAGGCAACCAAAAAAGCAAGAAAUAACGAUGCAGGAAAUGUGUACGACGGGUGAAAAUCCGAGGAUUUUUCACGGGCUAACGACUAGUCUCAUAUUAUAUGACCAACUAAAAGCAAAUAGCGGAAUUAAACCUCGCCUGAAGCGAAACAAUGUUUUAUAUACAGUGUAUUAAUAAUCAGAACAUUGCAUUGAAGUAUUAUUACUGAUUCAGGGAAGUAUGAACGUUCAAAUUCUUAUUUAGGAAAGUAGAAUGCUAAUUUCAUAUUAUAAUGCAUUAUUAACGUGACUUGUACAAUAUCAAAGUUAAAUUCAAUUUCGCUGAUAGUAAUAGAAACUUGGUAAUAUCCCGAGGCAGAAAUGGAUGUGUGUAAAAUUGCGUAUAUCAUUUGUGGUUGACAGUAAUCAAAUGGAGAUAUUUUUCUAAAAUAUCCAUUCAUUAUUACAUUAGUUAUAUGGAUAAUAUUGUAGUUAAAGCAAAGAAUGAAAAGUUAAUGCAACCAAUUUUGCUGUUUAAGGUUUUGUUAUUUAAAAACAUCUGCUAUUUUAAAUUUAAGUGGAGCUACUUUGCGGAUGGCUAAAAUACAGCCUGGCAUUCACCAGAAUUGCAAGCUGCACACGAACCCCCCACACUACGUACAGUACAUGUUAUAGGAACAAGCCAAUAUUCUUAUUGUUAUCAUGUUUAACCUGAACUUUUUGUUUUUUAUCUCUCGAGAUUUUUUUUUUCUAUUUUAUCUCAUCAAUUGAAUACUUGACAGAUAUUAUUCAUCCUCGUUUUUUUAAAGUAAAGUAAAAGUCAAGCCGUGUUUUCGUUCCAAUGUUAUUCUCACUUUCCAGUCUUUACCAGCCUUCCUUUCGUAUCAAGCUGUUCUUUCAAAAAGUAGCAUAAAUUACGCCGUUGCCGUAUUCUUAUUUCCAUCAAACGGGAGACUGUAUCUAUAUACAUUUUAGGCUUGACAUUGGCGAGGUAGGGUGACAUGAACUAAAAAGAAAUCUAUGUUGCCACACCUUCUAAUUCCUGCCUAUUUCUUAUUCUUAACAGAGCACAACACAAUGGGAAUUCGCAUAAGACUUACCGCAUUCCUAAAUGCAAAUCUUGGGAUUAUACUUCUAAUUAUUGGAGUUGCCACAAAUCAUUGGGCUGGACGUGAAAGUAAAAAAAUCAACAUUUAUGAGGGAUUAUGGACCAAAUGCACCCACCAUAAACAUGAUGAGAACAAAGAUGUCUGGUGCAGAGGGGUAGACACUACCUUUGGCCACUCGGAAACUCAAUUCUUGGCGAUUGUAAUCUUCCUGUUCAUGGCUUGUUUCCUACACAUUGUCAGCUUCGUCAUCGCACUCAUUCUGUUCUUUAAAGACGGAUCAGUGUUAGAAAAAGUACUAGCUGGAAUUCAGCUAUUCAUACUACUGUUCACUAUUACUGGAUUGGCUAUCUAUGCAACUCAGUAUGAUAAUAAUUAUUACACCCUAAAAUGGAGUUACGCCCUUGGCUGGGGCGCAACGUUGUGCAUGUUUGCAGCACUUGUGUUUACAAUUAUCGACAUUGACAGAAAAAGAAGAACAUAAUUUAUUUUAAAAAAAUAUUUCUUAUAAUCCUUAAGAAAACUUUAACAUAUAUUCCGAAUAAAGUUAUUCGCAUUAUGAAUCCUUCCGCUUUUAUCCUAUUUCCUUUAUUUUUGUAUUUAUUAAAUAAACAGGACCCCAGAAAGAGUUCCUACAAUGACACUUGGAAUUACCUAAUAAAGAAGAGAUCUUAUUGUUGUUAGAACAAGAACGUCAAAAAUAUAAUUGAUUUGUGAGCUUUGAAAUUCCGGUUGGAAAAGGUAUAACUAAGCUGUUACAUAAUCGAAAUAUGCUGAUGCUUUAAGGAAUGGAUGAAAAAAAAGGUGAAUCAAGACUGAAAGGUGAAGCCGCCAAUUAAAGUUGAAAUUUAUAGCCCCCGUUCCUUUGAAAAUGUUAGAAUAUAUAUAAGAAUGUAUUCUGUG